ACCAAUCACAAUCCUUUCUAUCUCCACUCUUUCUAAGAAUAAAGAAGAACAAUCUCUCUCUCGAACCUAAAAGCUCAAAAGAAAAUGGCUCUGGUUAAGCUACUCUUGUCCAUCGCAAUAACAACCGCAAUCACAAUCGCAGUCAUCACAACCAGAACCAACACUACAACCACCAUCAUUAGAGAGUACACAAGCUUUGAUGCACUGAGGACGCCGACUAUAAGGCCUAGCCGGUUCUUGGCUCAAAAGGAAGUAGGCGAGCGAAACCCUAACGCUGCGGACCACUGCAAUAAGGACCCUAAGAUAUGUGGCCUCAAUGGAGGCGGAGGAAGCAACUCGACGAUGACAUGCUGCAACAACAAGUGCAUAGACGUGGCCAGUGACGACGAUAACUGUGGCGCGUGUAAGAAUAAAUGCAAGUUCUCACAGACGUGUUGUCGCGGCCUAUGUGUUUACGUGGCUUACGACAAACGCCAUUGUGGACAGUGUAAUCAUCCGUGUGAGCUCGGCGAGUUAUGCGUCUACGGUCUUUCUCCUGCGGUGGAGGCAACCGUCGCAACUGCUCUCCGCUCUGUGAUUCUGAGGGCUCGGAAGGCGGCGGAGCAAGUUGGAAGAGAUCCCGAGCGGGUCAGAGUCCUUCCAGUCUCCAAGACUAAACCCGUCUCACUUAUCCGCCAAAUCUACGACGCAGGUCACCGUUGCUUCGGCGAGAAUUACGUUCAAGAAAUCAUUGAGAAAGCUCCACAGCUUCCUGACGAUAUAGAGUGGCACUUCGUGGGGCAUUUACAGAGCAACAAAGCCAAAACGCUAUUGACUGGAGUCCCAAACUUGGCAAUGGUUCAUGGUGUGGAUGGAGAAAAGGUAGCUAAUCAUCUAGAUCGAGCUGUUUCAAAUCUUGGGAGACAUCCACUAAAGGUUUUGGUCCAAGUUAACACAAGCGGAGAAGUUUCUAAAUCUGGAAUUGAACCUUCCAGCGUUGUAGAGCUAGCAAGGCAUGUGAAACAGCACUGUCCAAAUCUGGUAUUCUCCGGGUUAAUGACUAUUGGGAUGCCUGAUUAUACGUCUACUCCAGAGAACUUCAGGACACUAUCAAACUGUAGAGCUGAUGUAUGCAAGGCACUUGGAAUGGCUGAGGAUCAAUUUGAACUGUCUAUGGGCAUGUCUGGUGACUUCGAGCUAGCGAUUGAGAUGGGAAGCACCAAUGUGAGGAAGGGUUGUUUAAUCGAAACUAAUCCUUUGCCGCACGGAGGACGUGGAGCUCUGCCGUCUGAAGGCGGCAGCCCUUCCGAUCUCCUCUUUCUCGCCGGAGGCGGUUCCAUCUUCAACCUCUUUUCCUUUAGAGUUCCGACCGUCGUAUCGAACUACCAGAAGGACGAUGGAGCGGAUGAUUCCGUCGGCUGUGGACGGAAUUGCCUCGGUGCUUGUUGCAUUAACGGGGCUAGGCUUCCAUUGUAUGCAUGUAAGAAUAUGGAGAAAUCCGGCGCCGUAGAGAAGCUUGUAAUCAGUAAUGAAGCUAAAGAGCCUCCUGUGGCUUUUCUCGAGUCCCUCGUUCUCGGAGAGUGGGAGGAUAGGUUCCAAAGAGGUCUUUUUCGCUAUGAUGUCACUGCCUGCGAAACCAAAGUUAUCCCGGGGAAGUAUGGUUUUGUUGCUCAGCUUAACGAGGGUCGUCACCUGAAGAAGAGGCCAACUGAGUUCCGUGUAGAUAAGGUGUUGCAGUCUUUUGAUGGCAGCAAAUUCAACUUCACUAAAGUUGGCCAAGAAGAGUUGCUCUUCCAGUUUGAAGCUGGUGAAGAUGCCCAAGUUCAGUUCUUCCCUUGCAUGCCUCUUGACCCUGAGAAUUCUCCCAGUGUUGUUGCCAUCAAUGUUAGUCCGAUAGAGUAUGGGCAUGUGCUGCUGAUUCCUCGUGUUCUUGACUGCUUGCCUCAGAGGAUCGAUCACAAAAGCCUUUUGCUUGCAGUUCACAUGGCUGCUGAGGCCGCUAAUCCAUACUUCAGACUCGGUUACAACAGCUUAGGUGCUUUUGCCACGAUCAAUCAUCUUCACUUUCAGGCUUAUUACUUGGCCAUGCCUUUCCCUCUGGAGAAAGCUCCUUCCAAGAAGAUAACUACCACUGUUAGAAGUGUCAAAAUCUCAGAGCUUCUAAGUUACCCUGUGAGAAGUCUUCUUUUUGAAGGUGGAAGCUCUAUGCAAGAGCUAUCAGAUACUGUAUCUGACGCCUGUGUUUGCCUUCAGAACAACAACAUUCCUUUCAACAUUCUCAUCUCUGAUUGUGGAAGGCAGAUCUUCUUGAUGCCACAGUGUUACGCAGAGAAACAGGCUCUAGGUGAAGUAAGCCCGGAGGUGUUGGAAACACAAGUGAAUCCAGCCGUGUGGGAGAUAAGUGGUCACAUGGUACUGAAGAGGAAAGAGGAUUACGAAGGAGCUUCAGAGGAUAACGCGUGGAGGCUCCUUGCAGAAGCUUCUCUGUCGGAGGAAAGGUUUAAGGAGGUUACUGCUCUCGCCUUUGAAGCCAUAGGUUGUAGUAACCAAGAGGAGGAUCUUGAAGGAACCAUAGUUCAUCAGAAAAACCCUAGUGGCAAUGUUAACCAGAAAAGCAACCGAACCCAUGGAGGUCCGAUCACAAACGGGACGACCGCGGAGUGCAUUGUCCUUCAGUGAACAAUAUCGUGACUUGGUGGUUUGUAUGUAUAAUUAAAAUCCUAAAUAAGCAAACUCUCUUUGUAGUUGCAUUCGAAGCUUCUUGGUUAUUGUAUGAUGGUUGUGGGCAUUUUGUGCCUAGACUCGCUGGUUCUUUGUUUUUGUUAUAAGUUGGUGUUUAUGAAUAUAUAUGUUCUUCACGA